AUGACAGUAUAUAAUAUGAUUGUGUCUAUUCAACCAGUCGUUAACCGUUGUAAAAAUCUCAUAAAUCGAUUAAGAAGAAACAAAUCAAGGCAACAGCAAAAAAUACAGAAGGAAACCGGAAGCUCCUACAGGGAAAGUCUUAGAACAAUACAAUCAAAUGGUACUUCUGAGGAAAGUCUGAGAACAAUACCAUCAAAUGGUACUUCUGAGGAAAGUCCUAGAACAAUACAUUCAAAUGGUACUUCUGAGGAAAGUCUUAGAACAAUAAAAUCAAAUAGUACUUCUAAGGAAAGUCUUAGAACAAUACAAUCAAAUGGUACUUCUAAGAAAAGUCUUAAAACAAUACAACCAAAUAGUACUUCUGAGGAAAGUCUUAGAACAAUACAAUCAAAUAGUACUUCUAAAGAAAGUCUCAGAACAAUACAAUCAAAUAGUACUUCUAAGGAAAGUCCUAGAACAAUACAUUCAAAUGGUACUUCUGAGGAAAGUCUUAGAACAAUAAAAUCAAAUAGUACUUCUAAGGAAAGUCUUAGAACAAUACAAUCAAAUGGUACUUCUAAGGAAAGUCUUAGAACAAUACAACCAAAUAGUACUUCUGAGGAAAGUCUUAGAACAAUACAAUCAAAUAGUACUUCUAAGGAAAGUCUUAGAACAAUACAAUCAAAUAGUACUUCUAAGGAAAGUCUUACAACAAUACAAUCAAAUAGUACUUCUAAUGAAAGUCUUAAAACAAUACAAUCAAAUGGUACUUCUAAGGAAAGUCUUUAA